AUGGACGAAUACACCAAAACGAGCGUUGACAGCAACGACAUUUUACUAAAAGACGAUGUCCUAAACAACCAUGAAGAGGAAAAGCCUCAGCUAGAAGAACCUCGUCUCGAAAGAACCAUGGGAAUGUUUUCAGGUGUGAUACAUACAUACAAUGCUCAUCAGAGUAGUUGUAGUGCAACACACGUACAAAGGCAACUCACUAGCUAUUGUGGCAUCUUCUCAGCACCAGCUGGUAUCCUGAUGAGUGUAGGCUCCGUCGGUAUGUCUUUAAUGUUAUGGGUCAUUGGUGCUGUAUACAGUAUCAUCGGUGUGAUGGCGUUUAUAGAGCUGGGUGCGAUGCUUCCCCGAUCUGGCGGUGAAAAGGAAUAUCUAAAUUACGCCUACAGGAAACCUAAACGACUUGCGCCUUUUAUGUUUACCAUGUCCUAUAUGUUUUUGACCAACACAUCUAGCAGCUCAGCAGACGCACAUGCCACUGCAUCGGUAAAUUUCACAAGCAACGGGAUGCAUGUAUCCAUGUGCUCAUGUUGUUUAUUUUCACCAUUAGUAUAUUCUAUUAGCAGGUACAACGCUCUCACAAAGACACAUGUAUGUAUCCGGUUAACAAGUUUACAACACUUUUCAGCUGGUAAAAGGAACGCGAAUCCAUGGGUUGAGCGAGGGAUUGGUGUGGCAGUCAACACUACCAUUUGCCUUUUGCAUGCAUGGUCGGCAAAAUGGGGUCUUCGAAUCAACAAUACCAUGUCAUUCCUCAAAAUUAUUAUGCUGAUCUUUGUUUGCUUGACCGGUUUGAUUGCUGCUGCAGGCGGGAUCUCGGGAGUUACACCAAUUGAUGCCUUCUCUAAUGCCUUUGAAGGAACAAGGAGGAGUGGUAAUGAAUAUGCAGCAGCUAUGCUCAAGGUCCUUUAUGCAUACUCUGGAUGGAACAAUGCAACCUACAUCAUGGACGAGCUUAAGAACCCCAUUCGCACACUCAAAGUAGCCUCCAUAUCAGCCAUUUCAUUGCUCGCAACGCUUUUUAUGAUUGCCAACAUUGCCUAUUUCAGUGUCGUACCCAAAGAGGUGUUACUAGGAGGCGCUGGAGGUUCAUCCACCAAUACGAUCGCUGGCGAAUUCUUGGUGCGGAUCUUUGGAGAAAAGGCUAAUAUUGUGAUGCCGUUGCUGAUUGCUCUCAGCACAUUUGGUUGCACAAGUUCCAUGACAUAUUCAGGAAGCCGUGUAAUGUUGGAAGCUGCCAAAGAGGGGUACAUCCCAUUCAGCAAUUUCUUUGGCCAAGUCAGCUCUCGCCAUACACCAGCAAACAUUUUGAUAUUGUAUUGGGUGAUGACCAUGCUUUACAUGCUUGCUCCUCCUCCUGGAGAUGCAUACAAUUUCGUGCUUAAUCUUUGUUCAUAUCCAAUGAGCAUCUUUUUUUGUCUUACUAUUAUUGGACUCAUGUACCUACGAUAUCGCGAGCCUGACACACCACGCCCAUUUCGAUCAUGGAUGCCUUUGAAUGUCAUCUUUGUUUUGAUUGCGCUCUUUAUGGCAAUAGCCCCAUUCGUGCCUCCCGUUGUUUCCGAUACACCCUCCAUUCCUUAUUGGGUCUAUCCCACUUGCGCAUUGGGGUUCCUGUUGCUCUGUGUUCCAGUGUGGCACUUUAGAAUCAACGUUUGUCGUGGAUUAAGUCGCUCGUUAAAUGCCCGAGCCUAUAUCCAAAGGCAUAAUCUUAAUCCAGAUGACUUGACACUUGACGAAAUCGAGGAGAUUCUUGAAAAAGAAAACGAAGAACAAAUGCAGCGUAAUCGAGAGGCCAGCGCACAGUUUACACAAGAGAAGUUUUGA